CUCGGGGGUAGUGCGUGAGCGAGCGUCUGGGGGGCGCGCCUGCUGCGACGUUGCGCAGCCUUCAAGAUGGCGGAAGCCCUGACAACUCAGGAGCAGCUGGCUGUGGAGGAGUUCCUGGGUCAGGUGCGAAGCAGGGAGCACCCUCAAAGUGCUGGGCUCGUGUCCCAGCCUACAGCUGUAAAGUUUCUCAUGGCCCGCAAGUUUGAUGUCUCCAGAGCCAUCAACCUCUUCCAAGAAUACAAGAACACCAGAAUCAAGGAGGGCAUCAUCAAUAUCAACCCUAACGAGGAGCCCCUGCGCUCCGAGCUGCUCAGUGGAAAAUUCACAGUCUUGCCCGGCCGUGAUGCAAAGGGUGCCGCUCUGGCGCUCUUCACGGCUCGCCUCCAUCAGCCGGACGUCACUUCCCACAAAGCUGUCCUGCAGGCCAUCAUCUAUCAGCUGGACAAAGCCAUAGAGAGUGCACAAACUCAAAAAGACGGACUCAUAUUUAUCUACGACAUGACCAACUCCAGCUACAGCAACUUUGACUACGAGCUCUGCGUCAAGAUUCUCAAUUUGCUGAAGGGGGCGUUUCCAGCUCGUCUAAAAUGUGUCUUCAUUGUAUCGUCGCCUCUAUGGUUCCGAGCUCCUUUCGCGGUCCUCCGCCUGUUUGUGCGCGAGAAGCUGAGAGAGCGGGUGUGCACAGUGAAAGCUCACGAGUUGGCCACUCACAUCCCAGUCUCCUCCCUCCCCGAGCACCUGGACGGGACGUCCCAGUACAGCCAUGUGGCGUGGAUCCAGUCAUGCGUCAACGCGCACACGGACAACGCUCCGGGCAACACGCAAGAUCACGACGCGCACGAUUGUGUGGGAAGCCUUCUGCGCUCCUACAGCUUGGAGUGCAGCGACGUGGGGGCCACGCCUCCCUGCGCCCGCAACGGCACGCAGCUCGGCUCGGAGGCUAACUCGAACUGUUACGAUGACAGCAAUGCCAACUUGCACAACCACUGCAGUGUUUCUGAGGGCAGGACUCGGUACCCCCCGAGCCCGCAGUCUGCCACCAACGGGCCGCAAGGCAACCAUCAACAUUGGAACGGCUCUGCGGUGGGUGGGGCUGGCGGCGGCUCGAGCCCUAACGCCAACAUGAAUGGCCGUGGCCGGCCAGCCCCACCCCAGUCUGACACGCCCCCCAACACGCCGCUCUCCCAGGACAUGGUCUGUGGGAAGGUAGCGUGCUCCGCCCCCGGGUCUCAGAGUGAGGAGGAGGAUGGCGCGGAAGGGGAAGAAGAGGAAGGGGUGCCACCGUUGCCCCAGAAGUCGUUGCCUCGCACUGCCCAACAGCCGCCUUCCCAGUCGCCCCCCCUGUCCUCGUCGUGGGGCCCCGAUGACGAGAACAGUUUGGUGGAAGCGUCCGUUCACAUGGCAGAGCAGGGGGGCAUGACGGUGCACAACCUGGUGGAGCACGUGAAGAGGCAGAAGAAGAAGGGGAUUUACCAGGAGUACGAGGAGAUCCGGAAGGAGCCACCUGCCGGCCCCUUUGAUUACUCCAAAAAACUGUCCAAUCAGAUAAAGAACCGGUACAGCGACGUCCUCUGCCUCGACCAGUCACGGGUGCGGCUCUGCCAGCUCUGUGAUGACGAGGACGAGACAUCAGAUUACAUCAAUGCCAGUUUCAUGGACGGAUACAAGAGGAGCAACGCCUACAUCGCCACUCAGGGUCCUUUGCCAAAAACAUUUUGUGACUUCUGGCGCAUGGUGUGGGAACAGAUGGUACUUAUCAUCGUCAUGACAACCCGGGUGGUGGAGCGCGGCCGAGUCAAGUGUGGUCAGUACUGGCCUCUGGAGGAGGGCCGGACCGAGCAGCACGGACCCUUCCUGGUCAGGAACACGCACAUCCAGGCGUUCCAGGACUUCAAGCUGUCCCAUCUGGAACUAUACAACACACAGUCUGGAGAGAGACGGGAAGUGCUCCACUACCUCUACGUCAGCUGGCCGGACUUCGGCGUUCCCAAAAGUGCUUCAGCCAUGUUGGACUUCCGUGAACACGUCCUGCAGAGGAGGGAGGCUGCAGUCAGGAGCCUUGGUGCCACUUGGACGGGGCCUCCAGGGGGCCCCCCUGUGGUCGUGCACUGCAGUGCCGGCAUUGGCCGUACAGGCACGUUCUGCACCCUGGACAUCUGCCUCUCCCGGCUGGAGGACAUCGGCACGGUAGAUGUGCGGCAGACGGUGCGGCGCAUGCGCACGCAGAGAGCGUUCAGCAUCCAGACCUGGGACCAGUACUACUUCUGCUACACAGCGGUCAUCGAGUACGCCCAGCGCCACGGUAAGCUGAGCCCGGUGCAGUGGUCCGACUCCGACCUCGAGACUGAUAGCGAGUGAGGGAGAAAGGAGCCAUGGCCCACCUAAGCCGGAGGCAUAGGAGGGACGUUUUGGGUGACUCUUCUGCCAUAAGAGAGAAGAGACCAAAGCAGGGAGAUCUUUGUUCUGGAUCUUGAUGUGUUCAUACAGACUCCCACGGCUGCACCUCCCCCUGAACGGAUCCACGCGGAGGGGAAGAGUACAAAACAGACAGGGACUGGAGACUGCGUGUUACAUCAAUGACUGAGUAAGCUGUCCUGCCAAUUCCCGAGCCCCUUUUUAUUUAGCAAAUUCCAGGGGGGGGGGACUGAACCUGUCUUGUUGACAAGAGAGUUGUACGUUGUAGCAUUUUUAUAUUUACUUGCACAUGAGGAAUGACAAACUUGAUCUUUACCCCUUGGAGCCCUCCAAACCCUUUUAAUUUCUUUUAUUUCUUGCUCUUUUUUUUAACACGUCUGUGAUUGCAGACCAUGUGAUGCGUGUGAAAGUCAUAUUUUUUGUAAGCCGAUGGUCCUACAUGACAAAGUAGAUCAGUGUGAGCCAUUAAGUCCAAGUUCCUAUGUUUUUCUCCCGUUUUAUGAGUGUUUCCCCUGGGGGGGGGCGGGGGGGGUUGUGACUCCGCUAGCUCCUUGUGUGAGGGGUGGGGCGGCACUCGGAGCAGGAGAGGUACUCAGUUCUACUUGCAGGAGAGCUACUUGUCCCAUUGUGGGAGCGACAUUUCUCGCUGCUCUCUACAGCGCUCCGACGCGAGCGAUACCGAGCGCGAAGGAGAGUUGAAAACGCCACCAUGUAGAGACAGAAAUGUCCGUCUGCUGGUACACGUGUGCGCAUAAACGAACAUAUGCGCACACGUGUUGUAGCGGGAUCGCCGUGCGUGGGGAAAAUAAGAUUCAAACUUCUUUUUUUUUUUGUUCCACACUUUUCCGGGGGGGCGGGGGAUCAUUUCAGCAGGGGGGGUGCGCUGUUAUAAUGGUAGGGGAAACACUGCCCAUCCUUUUUAUUUUUCCUUUAUCCUUUCUAUGGUGCAUUUUCUAUGUGUUUCAUAUCUGUGCAUAUGUAAACUAACCUUUCAAAGGCAAAGUUCUCACCCUGAAUGCUUGGAUGUACUCCUUACUGACAUAUUAGAUUGAAACGUAUGUACAGUGCCGUGAAAACGUUUUUAACACCUUCCUAUUUUUUCUUUUAGAUUUUCAAAUGUUUUAGAUCAUCAAACAAAUUUUAAUAUUCGACAGACAAGCUGGCUAAAUGAAAAAUGCAGUUUUAGAACGAUGAUUUAAUUUAUUCAUUCAUUCUUUGGAAAGCUGAGUUAAUUUCACUAGCCACAGCCCAAUUUCUGCCAGACAAAGUAAAGUGGGCUAAAAGAUGAUCAGAGCUCAUGAUUCAACAAUAAGGAGGAGACGGGGCAAAAUUCCAAGAAGAACACAAACACUUGUAUCGCAUUCACCAAAAUGCAUCAUGAUGAUCUCAAAGACUUGGGCUAAUAUUAUGUGGACUGAUGAGACAAGUGGAGCCGUGUGUAACGUCGAAUGUUAAAGUACCACGGCGUUUCAUAAAAGCACAUCAUACCAACAGACCCACGUGGUGGUUUGAUGGUCUGAAUUCCAGCUUCAUGACAUGGACCAUGGCACCAGGCAUUCUGCUCUCUACCAGAACCUACGUUAUUGUGCAUAAUAACCGCUGAGAAGAGAGCGAAGGAAGGCUCCAAAUAAGAAAAUAUGUGUCCAGAGUAAUGUGAAGAGAUGAAAUAACAACCCCAUACAAUAUUUUGAAGUUUGACUCAUUUAUUAAUUAGUUCUUUCUUUUGAUGAUGCUUUCAUCCGUGGACGUAAUGUAUUAACGGUUACGCCGCUUGCGUAGGCGCUCUUCUCCGCCCUCCAUUGUCUAGCACGCACAAGCAGACAAUGUGAAACAGCGCCCUCUGCGGUCACAGUUUCUGAUGGGUCACAGAUUUUGGUGUAACACCGGUCCCUCGGUCGGGGGAGCUAAAUGGACCGGUGCCUCGAGAGGUGCCACAACUGCUUAAAGUACCACGGCGUUUCAUAAAAGCACAUCAUACCAACAGACCCACGUGGUGGUUUGAUGGUCUGAAUUCCAGCUUCAUGACAUGGACCAUGGCACCAGGCAUUCUGCUCUCUACCAGAACCUCCUGAAGGAGAACGUCCGGCCAUCAGUUUGUGACCUCAAGCUCAAGAGCACGUGGGAACCCCAUGACCCCAUCAUCGGAAACAUGAGCGUGACAAAUGUGCAACGAAAAUUAGAACGCAGGACGGAAGCAAAUCCUCUUUCACGGCACUGUAUCUUGUAACCUACGUUAUUGUGCAUAAUAACCGCUGAGAAGAGAGCGAAGGAAAAAAAGUAGCCUUGCUAAAUAUAAUUGACUUAGCCAUGAGAAGAAAUAUCUAUGUAGCGAGCCACGCUGUGACAAAGUACACACGAGUUCUUUCUGGUACUCAAACUGACAUCGUAUUGCAAAUUGGUGUGACAGGUCUAACAUCAUCUUUACUGUUGGAGCGUUCUGAUUGGACGAUCCCAAGUAAUUUGGCCUUAACGUGAUUCACUGCCUCGUCAUUCUAAGACCUGAACCAUACCUGUAAUCCUUUAGUUCCCCCCUCUUCUUUCACAUCAUACUCUGGAUUCCACAACCAUAUUUUAAUUUUUUGUUUCAUUCAUGAGGCAUAUCCUGCCUUAGAUAACUGUGCCUUGAAGUUGUCCUCGACUUAACGUCUCGCUGGUAUAGUAAUAACACCCCAAUGAGUGCAUAGAGCAGGACACCCGCACUUUGCCUAUCGUCCUGCGCAUGGUCCCGGGGAAGUAAUGAGUUAAAUCUGGGACGAGCUCUGCUCCCACACCUGGCUAUUGUUUUAUCAUUUGACCUCAGGGGGUAAUUCUAGUGUUUAUAGAAUUUUUUUUUUUUUUUUGCCUAGUGUCAAAGAUCUGUUUCUGGGUUUGCCUCUGGUAAGUUAUGGUUUAAGUAGAAAAAAAAUGAAAAAGCAAAAAAACGAUUGAAUUUAUUUUGUAUUUUUUACUGUAUUGUAUCCUACUAUAUUUAUGUCUUUGUAAAGCUUCUACAAUAUCGAAAUUGGUGAAUGUUGGUACGACGCGAUGGAGAAAAACAAAGUCAGCAUUUGAUAAGAUGAACAAAUCAGACGGAGGGGGUGAAAUAUAUAUUUUUUGUUUGGUUUUGGUGGGAAAUGUCACUUGCCAUUGUUUUUUCAGAACUGAUUCGUAUGACUGGCGAUUGUUCAUUUCUCGUACGUCGGUUAAGCUGAUUAUGUUUUGAAGACCGUUUAAUGUCAAACACAGUAACAGUUACAUUAACUUCCGAUGCCAAGGGCGAAGCAAAACAGCCAUCAGGAGUAUAAAAACAAAGAUAUCCCAAAAAGAAGAUUGUCAUUUCUGUUACAGGUAAAGAUCGAAUGGGUUAUGGUGUAUGAGCAUGCAUAACGAGCCUUGAAUGUUUUAUUUUUGGGGGGGGUAGCGGGGGUACUUGAGUCGGGAUGGACAUGGUUGGUGAAUGUGGACCCGUCGCCUGUCUCUCAUCCACAUUAGCCUCACUCGCAUGGACCUACCAGUGCAGCCUUGCAUCCACGGAUAUGACAAAGAUCACCUCGGGGACGUUACUAAAGAAUAUGUAUAGACACAAAGUGGGAGUGUGUGUGUGUGUGUGUUCAGAGUCUUGCCCCCCCAAACUCCUUUCAUGCUACUUUUCACAAGGAAUGCAAACGUGAAUUUUGUUAACCGUUGUUUUUUUUGUUGUGAUUGAAUUGUGGCCUUUUCCACGCUGUCGGCCCGGCUGUCCCAUUAAAGCAACGGUAUUACUAUCAUGAACCA